AUGACUACUAUGGAUCAAACAGAAUACAACGAGCCGUGGUGGGCCAGCGAUUCUCACUUCCUAAGUGAACUUCUGGCGUUUGAUGAACACAAAACAAGUAUCAAUAGCGAACUUCACCUCCCGUCAGUAUCAUCACCAGGCCACUAUUCGCAACCAAGUCAUCCCGAAGUAGAUAGGGCCACCGACCAAGUUGCAGCUGAGAUUAAUCGCUUCGGUGACACACUUGGUGGCCUUGGUAUCCAGAUUGAAGAAUUGAAGAUUCAAAUGAAUGCGGUACAGGCGGCAGUUGACCACACAACCAAUCGAAUCCACGCACUCAACAACUUAUUAAUCGAGGUGAUUAAGCGUGAAACGACAGCCAUGCAGAAGUUGGGAAAUGUUGCCAGUCAAUGUAUAGGACAUAAUAGUCUCUAG